AUGGCGCGGCCGACGUUCUCGGAGAUCAUCAUCCGGCUGGACAAGAUCUACGAGCACUGCGCCAAGCAAGGGUCCUGGAAGGAGUCGCUCAAGAUCUGUUGUUCAAUCAUUGUCAAUCCAGGAAAAUGGUUUCAAGAGCGAUCUUUCGAGGAAGAAACUACCAUUCGGUUUGCAAGCACUAAUGCAGCUAGAAGACCUGAGUUUGACAGUGGCAGUGAACAUGAGGAUGAGCAAGAAAGACAUCAAGAGAAGGAAGCAAUAAUGGAAGACUGUGUGGAGUCGACAGUAGAUCUAGGUCAUGACAAAGCCAAGUCUGAAGUGAAGAAUCAAGAACAGUCAUCUAUGAAGCAAAUAUUUUGGGGGAGUGUUCCUGGGAUUGGCCUUGCAAUGCAAGCAGUCACUACCGUGAUCAGUGCUGAUUGGUCUCUUAAUUUCAGUGACAAGAAGGAUGAGUUCUUUUCAACCUUGCAGCACUACUGGCUUGGCUUGCGACUACUGUGGCUAGAUGUUAGGAUUUCUUCCAGAUUGAUGCUGAAGCUAGCCAAUGGGAAAAAACUCUCAAGAAGAGAGAGGAGCCAGCUGACCCGCACAACUGCAGACAUAUUCAGGCUGGUCCCCUUUUCAGUUUUUGUCAUAGUUCCGUUCAUGGAAUUCUUGUUGCCUUUGUUUCUAAGGCUGUUCCCAAACAUGCUACCAUCCACGUUCAAGGACAAGUUGAAAGAGCAGGAAGCACUAAAAAGGAAACUCAAAGCAAGGAUGGAAUAUGCCAAGUUUCUACAGGACACUGUUAAAGAAAUGGCAAGAGAAGUGAAGUAUACACGUAGUGGGAAGAUGAAGCAGAGGGCUGAGGAUAUUGAUCAAUUUAUUAAGAAAGUGAGGACUGGUGCAUAUGUUGAUAAGGGUGAAAUUUUGGGUCUUGCAAAGUUAUUCAGUGAUGAACUGACCUUGGAGAAUAUGAGCAGGCCAAGUUUACUAAAUAUGUGCAAGUAUAUGGGGAUCCAGCCAUAUGGGACAAACAAUUAUUUGCGCUUUAUGCUCAGACGAAAACUGAAAUGUAUAAAAGAUGACGAUAUGUUGAUACAGAGAGAAGGUGUAGCCUCUCUGGCUGAACAUGAACUCCGUCAGGCCUGCAGGGAGCGAGGUCACCUUGGAUUGUUUUCAGUAGAGGAGAUGCGGGAAGAGCUGCAAGAUUGGUUGGACCUGUCUCUCUAUUGUGAAGUGCCAUCUUCUCUCCUCAUACUGUCUAGAGCCUUCACACUUUCUGGCAAGAUGAAACCUGAUGAUGUUGCAGCUACACUAUCGUCCCUUCCUGACAACAUACUGAGUAAUGUAUGUGUUAGCCUGCCAUCCGAAGAUGCUCUUACGGCUAGGAAGAGGAAGUUGGAGGUCUUGAAAAUGCAAGAUAAACUUAUCAAGGAAGAAGAAAAUGAGCAAGAGGGUAUGGUGAGGUUGGAAGACAAGAACGGGCCGUUCGAUAAACUCAGUGUGAAGGAAGUCGGCGAUCUAGCAAGAAAAAGAAUGUUUGAUAAACAGGAAGAGCUUUGCAAAAUUAGUCAGGCACUAGCUCUUUUGUCUUCUGCAUCGUCAAUUAGCAGGGAACGUCAAGAAUUCCUAAGUCUUGUGAGCAAAGAGAUAGAAUUGUACAACUCACUGACUGAAGGUUGUACAACAGAAAAUGCUAAUGACGCAUACAUAGCCGCGAAGGGGAGUAAAUCUGCUGGAAGUUCAGUAUCCUCAGCACUGAUGAAAAAGAUAAAUGCCAUGCUCAAAGAACUCACAAAGGAGAUCGAUGAUGUUGACACGGCCAUCGGUGAUGGCUGGCAGCUCCUAGACAGGGACCAUGACGGUAAAGUCACAUCGGAGGAGGUGGCAGCUGCAGCCACGUACCUGAAGCACAACUUGGACAACACAGGCAUAGAAGAACUCAUCGGGAGCCUCUCCAAAGAUAAAGAUGGGAAGAUCCUUGUUGAAGACAUUGUCAGGCUUGGCACACAAGCUGAGGAGGUAGAAUUUGACGACGAAUGAUUGCAGUCUCUAGGGCCAAGAAUCCGAGAAAAAAACUCUCUGUAGUGAUGAGAACGCCUAGCUACCGGCCGCCAUGACCCAUCGGCCAUCGCCCGAAAGAGAUCUGUAUGCAAACUAUUUUUUUACUGAAGUUCGACACUGGAGAAAAUAGCCUUGUGAUCAUCUGUUUUCCACUCGCCCAAAAAUCGGCUGUACUACAGUAAUUCCCCUGUCCCUGUCGCUCUGCAAAUGCGUCAUGGAUGAUGACAGCAGCGGCCGCCGCUCUUGUGCGUGCAAAUUCGACUCGCGGUUCAGAUAGACGCUUACCAGUUGCCACACUGGAAGCCUCGAUUCCGGGACGAGACGUGCAGACAAGAGCAGGAGGAGGUCCCCUUCCUACACGGAAGAAACAAAAAGAAACAGAUAUCUGGGAUCUCGAGAAAGACCAGACCAACAGAUUACAGCGAGGCGAGAAGAAAAGCACAGAUCCGAGGACAGUUUAUUCAUCGGUAGCUGUUCAUCCGCCGUGCACAGAGGGGCGGCUCGCUUCUCUCCCCCACUUGAACAAGUAGGCU